AUGUCUGUCGCUGUGUUAAAUCCAGUAUCUAUUUCUACAUCUGUGCCAACUGCCGUGCAGUUUCCUCCUCACCUCACGGACACAGAUCACCGUCAACGUUGCCUUGAACAGCUUCGUAACAAGACCUCGAACCUAGAGAAGUAUACUUUCCUCAACGGCUUGAAGGAGCGAAGCCCAACAAUGUUUUACGACAUCCUGCUGUCGAACAUGAUGGAAAUAAUACCCAUUCUUUAUACACCGACGGUCGGAGAUGCCUGUUACAAUUAUUCGCAUAUCUGGUCUCGUCCAGAAGGUCUAUAUGUCUCAAUUGAGCACAAGGGCCGAAUUCGCGACGUCUUACGAACCUGGCCCGCUGGCCCCGCCGCACGUAUUGCUGUUGUCACGGACGGCUCCAGAAUUCUUGGGCUGGGUGAUCUAGGAGCCAAUGGAUUACCUAUAAGUAUCGGAAAGUUGGACUUGUAUAUUGCUGGAGCUGGAGUCCGGCCUUCUUCUACGCUUCCAAUUUGCCUUGACGUGGGUACCAACACCCAGAAGUUUCUGGAUGAUCCAUUAUACAUCGGUAUACGUCGAAAGCGUCCAGAUGUGAAAGAGAUGGAUGAAUUCAUGGAGGAAUUUAUGAGCGCCAUGCAGGAUGUCUUCCCUGAACUCCUCGUCCAAUUCGAAGAUUUUUCAACCGACAACGCAUUCAAAUUCCUCAACGGGUUUCAGAACCGCUAUCGUUGCUUCAAUGACGACAUCCAAGGAACUGGAGCUGUAGUCCUCUCUGGGUUUGUCAAUGCUGCGCAUUUGGCUUCCGAAGCAAGCGGCAUUCCGUUGAAGGACCACAGGAUCUUGUUCUUUGGAGCAGGAUCUUCGGGCAUUGGAGUUGCUAAACAAUUACUUUCUUUUUUCCGUGUUCAGGGAUUGAGCGAAGAAGACGCCAAGAAUAGGAUAUAUACUGUGGACUCCAAAGGUCUGAUUACUGCGGAUCAUUUCGCUCGAACCGAUUAUCAUGGUCCUCCGUUGAAGAAGUUGGAAGACAUAGUGGAAUACGUCAAACCUACAGCGUUAUUGGGUUUGAGUACACUCUCUAAAGCUUUCACGGAGGACGUAGUAAAAUUAAUGGCCCGCUUCAAUAAACGUCCUAUCAUCUUUCCCUUGUCAAACCCUGUCUCACUAAGUGAAGUCGACUUCGCUGAUGCGAUAAAAUGGACAAAUGGCUCGGUUAUUUUCGCAUCUGGUAGUCCCUACGAGCCGGUGCGGGACCAAUCUACGGGAAAGGUUUACGAAGCCGGGCAAGGAAACAAUAUGUACAUGUUCCCUGGAAUAGGUCUAGGUGCCAUCCUAUCGAAGGCGCAACACGUCACCGAUGGGAUGAUUGAGCAAGCCUCUCUCGCUUUAUCUUCUUGUCUUAAAGAGGAUGAGAGGAAGGUGGGCUUAGUGUACCCUCGACUGAUUCGUAUCCGCGACAUUAGCGCGGUCGUGGCGUUGAGGGUGGCUAGGCAGGCUCAGAAAGAGGGUGUUGACAAUAAUACCAUUUUCCGUAAUCUCUCUGACCAGGCGCUCCUUGAAUAUAUCAAGGACAAGAUGUGGGAUCCAAGUGAAUGCUUGACCCGCGGGCGUUUUUAA